AUGGAUGCUUUUGUGUCACGACAGUUUAAGACACCCAAGGGAAACUACCCUACACACGAUCUUGAGCUGGUUGCGGUUGUGUUUACCCUAAAGAUGUGGAGGCACUCAUUCUAUGAUGAGAGGUGGGUUGAGUUACUUAAGGAUUAUGAAUGCUCGAUAGAAUAUCAUCCGAGUAAGGCUAAUGGGGCAGUUGAUGGUCUUAGCCAUAGAGUGAUAACUGAUCUGAGAGCAAUGUUAGCUCGUCUGAGUCUAGUUGAGAAUGGUGGACUGUUAGCUGAAUUGGGUCGGAUUUGUGUGCCUAAUGAUAAGGAGUUGAGGCAAUCGAUCUUGCAGGAGGUGCAUAGUAGCCCUUAUGCUAUGCAUCCUGGUGGAAAUAAAAUGUAUCGAGACCUCCAAGAAUUCUUUUUGUGGCCUAGACAGAAACGAGAAGUGGUUGCUUUUGUGUCCCACUUUCUGACGUGCCAAAAGGUUAAGGCUGAACAUCAGUUGUUAUCAGGUUUGCUUCAGCAAUUUAAGAUCCCUCAAUGGAAGGGGAAGCGUGUAACGAUAGGUUUUGUUAAGGGUUUGCCUUUAACCCCCACUAAGAAAGAGUCAGUUUGGGUCAUCAUUGAAUGGUUGAGGAAAUCCCUUCAUUUCAUUCCUAUUAGAACAAAUUAUUCACUACAGAAGUUAGCUAAACUGUAUAUUGUUGAAAUUGUGAGGCUGCACAGAAUUCUAGUCUCAAUUAUCUCUGAGAGAGAUUCGUGA